AUGAAUACAUUAGAGAAUUCUACAAAUAACAAAACAAUCGAUGAUGCUAUUACCAAUAAUGGAAGUAAUAGUAGUAGAGACAAGUCUUUGAUCGAUCAACCACAGAAUAAUAAUGAUAUCAGUAAUAAUAAUAGCAAUAACAAUGGCAGUAAUAUCAAUACAACUAACAAUAACAAUGCAAGAAGUUCAUUUCUAAAUCUAUUAAUAUUUGAUAAAUUGUCUCCUAAGAAACAACAACAACAAUCCGAUGAUAAAAAUAAUAAUAAUAAUAAUGAUAUAGUAGCAAGAUGUAAUAAUAAUAAUAAUAAAAAUGAACUAGAUGAAAUUAUUAUUCAAAAAGAUAUUAUUAGAGAUCUUGGUGAAAUUGCUGAUAGGAGUGAAUCUAAAUUAGGUUUACUUACCACUGAGAAUCAAAGGUUGAACGACAACUAUCAAAAGGUACUUAAGGAGAAUGAGUCACUAAUAGAGAUAACCAACACUCUCGAUAAGCGUGUCGAUGAGUUAUGUAAAGAGCUAAGCUAUCACAAAGACAACUCUAUCGAAUCGAUUAUAGAUAAAAUUAAAAACAAUGUUACACCAACAGGAAUUGAUUCGAUCAGAUCGAUUCAAGACAAAGAACAGCUAUUAAACUAUGCCACACAAUUGUAUCAAGAGGAAUUUAAUGAAGAUGUUCUAUUUAAAGUAAUUAUGUUUUUAAAAACAACAUUGAAUUGGAAGUUGUUUAUAAAUCAAUUAAGAGGACAUUAUGAUAGUUUAGAGUAUUAUGUUGGUUAUUUAAAACAAACCAAUAAUAUAGAGGAUUUGAUCAAGCUGUACAGAGAGAUUCGUAAUCCUCUAGAAGAAGGAAUAGCUAUGAUCAGCCAGGCUCAUUCCGAGAACGACCCAGACAGACUAAAGUAUCUGUUGUACAGUUGCUCAAGCUUCUUUGAUCAGUAUCAUCAUUUAACUUGGUAUAAAGACACCAUAGACCAAUUUAUAAACACAAGAAAUGAACUUUCGUCUUAA